AUGUAUUUUCAGCCCUUCCGGCCCGUCGUUCGGCCCGUCCUACGAGUUUCUGAGCACCGCCGCUGUCAGGAAGCUUUCCGCGGCAACUUCGCCAUUGGGAGAGCACUCUCAUGGAUGUCCACUCCCUGUCAUCCUUUUGUUGAUGUGGCCCGAUUGAUGCUCAGAGUCCGGCCUGUCAUUCAGCGCAUCGCUGCGAAUCAGCCAUGUCAGCGUCGCCAAUAUGCCGAUAAGAAAUGGCAAAAGGUCCGAGACUCUUCUCUCUUCACGAACCGCGUACCACAGGGAGAACACAAGAGGAGGGUUGACCAUGUAAGAGGACGCAAUAUCAAGAGAAAACCGGCGAGAGAGCCGGAGUCCUCACGAGACGAUGCUGCGCCAGCAGAACCUCAGGCCACACCCUCGCUCGUGGAACAGCUCUUUCCCGAGGAGACCAAACGCUAUCAAGAGAAGGAAAAUGCUGCCAGACGGGAGCGCCGAGAGAUACCCUUGCUACCCAUAGAACUGCCAGCAACAGAAGGCCCUCCUACGUGGCGCAAGAUGUUGGCGCCCGAGCUGGACGAAGACGACAUUCCUCCAGACCCGAGAAAGAGCAUACAUUACGAAAGACUUCGACGGAGCCUCCAAGCCACGCCAAAAGACACCGCCGCGCUGGUCUUACGCAACGCCUCUCGAAAUCUCACAGAGGAGGAUUUCCGCCGUCUCGUCCCGCAAGGUCAACAUCUCGAAGGCUGGAGCCUUGCUCAAGCCGACUUCCUCAAAGUCGUACCUGGCCGCGAUCUCCGCGACCUCUCCCGGGAGAACUUCUAUUACCUGCUCUUCUCCACACCCACGGCCGCCUUCCGAUAUCAGACCCACGUCACCAAAAUUGCCCGCCUGACGCAGCAACACACGCCGAUUUCAUUGUCCUCACCCAGGAUCCCUCCUCCUGGCUACUUGGUCGAUGACAUCGACGUCCAAUCCGCAGUGGACUCCUUCUCCCUCAUCCCAGCUUCACAGAAACUCGACUUGCGACUAUUGAAACGGCCGUUCCAUCCUUUCCUCGCUCGCAUGGUGGAGAAUGAAGGCUAUCAUUGUGUCGUCAGCCGUGAGGGAAAGAUGCCGGUGGAAGUACGCUUCACGAUGGACGGACCGCAGCUGGGACUGAAUGCGAUACAAUUCGUGAUGAUGCAGAGUGGACGGCAACGAGGGGCGCAUUGGUCGGGUGCGAAGAAUGAGAUGAUUGACAUCUUCAAGUGGGAGGGUGGGAAUGCGUAUGGUGAUAAAGACGAGGGGAAGGAGGCAGAUGAGGAAGAAAGACCCAAACGCGAGGAGGGCGGUGCGGAAGUGGGUGAUACGAAGGAGCUCAAACGACGGCUACCCAAACCGGUGUACGUGAUGGGUUUCCACACGGAGAGAGCGGCGCAGAGUUUCAUCGCGCAUUGGCAUGGACGGCCGAUUGAGGGAUUGGGUCUGAAGACUGGGUUGGAGGAUGACAUCCCGCCGAUCGCGCAAGCGGAGAUUCUCUGGUGAAAGCACGGCCACUGUACAACAUGUAGACAUACGAACAGAGACGGCAUAAUGCCUCUUCCGAG